UGAUUUAUGAUCUAGCAGGGGCAGAGUAAUGAUCAGGAUGUGCUCACUCUGCUUCAAGAACACAGAGAAGAACAAGUCAAGUGGAGACCCACUCAAGUGUUCACAGAGCUAAGGAAAAGCACGGCUCUUUUUUUUAAAAACUUUUUUAAGGGGAUAAAUAUUUCUCUUGUGAAGACGACUGAAAACACUGAAAAUCCACUUUCAUGAGCAUAGCUGGAUAAACAGGACAGCUGCCACAGAAGAACACACAGAUGGAAAGGACUUUGGAUGCCAAUGAAGGUCUAUUGCUGUAUUCCUACCUUUCUUAAGCAUUUCAGAAUAUAGAAAACAGAAGAAGUGAGAAUAAGGAGAAGCUUUUUCAUGCUUUUCACUGAACAUACACUCUGGUUUAAAGAUGGAUAACACGAUCUGCAACAAGAAUGAUGACUUCAAGUACAAUCUCUACAGCUCCGUUUUCAGCCUGGUGUUUUUAGUUGGUCUUGUCUUCAACUUGGUGGCUGUAUACAUUUUUGGAUGUACGCUGAAGAUACGGAACGAGACCACGACAUACAUGAUGAACCUUGUUGUUUCAGACUCUCUCUUUGUCCUCAGCCUGCCUUUUCGGAUUGUAUACUUCAUCAAACGUGACUGGCUCUUUGGAAGCGCGCUUUGCAAGAUCUCCGUGGCCCUGUUCUACACCAACAUGUACGGCAGCAUCCUCUUCCUCACCUGCAUCAGCGUUGACCGUUUUCUGGCCAUUGUGUAUCCUUUUCGGUCCCAAACAAUUCGUACUAGGAGAAAUGCCAAAUUGGGCUGCCUGGCAGUGUGGGUGAUCAUUCUUUCUGGAGGUAUAAGCACUGGGGUCCUUUUGGACACCACGUCACCGAAAAACGACUCAGAAAACUCAACUUCAAACUUUUGUUUUGAAAACUACUCAAGAAAACAGUGGGAGGCUAAGCUGUCGUGGGUGGUGAUGUUUAUUGAGACUGCAGGCUUCAUUAUCCCAUUGUUGCUGAAUGUGUUCUGCACUGUCAUGGUGCUAAGGACACUGAGGAAGCCUCAAACCAUCAGCCGCGGAGGGAACCUCAACAAGACGAAAAUCCUGAGGAUGGUCGUCGUGCAUCUGCUCAUCUUCUGCUUCUGUUUCAUUCCUUACAAUGUGAAUCUCAUCUUCUACACCUUGGUCCGCUCCAAAAUCCUAAAUGGAUGCUAUGCAGAACAUGUGGUAAGAACCAUCUACCCCAUCGCUCUGUGCAUAGCGGUGACCAACUGCUGCUUUGAUCCAGUCAUCUACUACUUCACUUCAGAGACGAUUCAGAGCUCCAUUAAACGAAAGUCUACAGUAUGGAACAAUAGUACCAAGCUAUUUGAAAGACUACAGAUGGACAGCGCGCCAAGCAGCCCAAGUACAAUGACCAAGAGCCUGACGCUGAAGAGUAUGAGAUCCAAAAUAUUUGACAAUGAGUCCACGGUCUAAUGACAACUCAAAAAUGUUGCAUAAUUUAGACUUCAGUGAGCAUGGCUGGUAAAACUUGAUUUGAAGCAGAGGACAUAGGUGAAAGCAGAGUGGCUUUGAAAGACAACAUAAACAAAAUGGUUACUAAGGAGUCACUCUCACCUAUUGGACACAGCAGAGACUUUAGAUCGGAACUUAAAGACAAUGAUUCAGUCAACCAAGACAAAGACAAAGCAUUUCAAAAUAGGUGUGUAGGCUUUUGCACAAAAAACAUUGUAAUUCAAGUCUUCUUUCACAGAGAAGACUCUCCUUCAGAAAAAGUCUACUUUGGCAGUGUUGAGCCAGUAUUACAACUCUUUACAUCUACUGCCCUGUAUCGUUUCAUAGUAUCUGUGUUAUCUGUAUUGAGGUCUUAAAGCACUUUUUAGAGUGACAUGUCCUGUAACAGUUUUGAACUCUGAAUUCUGA